AAUUUGUGUUUACACUGUAGUACUUGUCGAUGAAAGCACGUGUAGAACGUUUGAAAAUAACCGAAUUACAGCGAUUUUAAACGCAAAACUGCAGAUGGAGGAAGAUAUAAAAGCGUUGCGAUGUGCAAUGAAUGCCGAUGAGAUUUGUAGCGUUUUUGCGCGGAUUGAAGAUAACUUACAAGACAGGGUACUAUGUGCUCGGUAUAUUGAGCAAGGUCUAGUCCAGAUUUUGCGAGAUUUUACUGCUUCCAAUGAUAUGGAUGUAUGUUUGGGCUCUCUGAAUCUCAUAACGAGGCUCGUUAUGCCUAAUGAAGUUGUAAAACAGAAACUAUUGAAACCAAUGGGUUAUCUCCAACAACUUACCAAGCUCUGUUCACCAUUUGAAGAGUGUGAUAGUGAAGACAAGAGAUUGCACCAGCAGUUGCAUAAUAGAGCAAUUUGUCUGAUAAAAAUUCUUGUGCUGAAUUCUGACUGUAUGCUUGAGGUUGCUAGUAUUGACCUGUUUGGGCAUGUCAUUAAACUUUGCGGAAUAUCGUUUGAGGAUUCCGUACAUGCCAACUGUUGUCAUGGCAACGCUGGGUAUCCGCCCAAGGCUACAUCUUACUUUCACAAUCUUGUUCAUGGCCGAAAACUUAUUGGCAAAGUAAGAGAGCUACUCCCUGAACCAAGCAACAAGGUGAUAAAGGAAUCCAAGUGCGAAGCAGAAGUUUUUGAGAAGCACGCAAAAAUUUGCGCACUAUCAGUCGACCUGUACGAUACGGCGACCGAUCAAGACAUUGUUAUCCGUGAAGAACUGAUCAAAGAGAAAAUGGCUUGGCCACAAUUUCUAUCCCCAGAAAGUGAAGCGAAAAUCUUUGAAGAAAAGAAGAUCAAGGAGGAUCACGUUUGGGCAGAUAUUGCAGUGACAAGUGUGAUCGAUGGCGGGCACUUUUGGGCUCACGUUGGAGGGGAAAUCGUCGAUGAGAAACUUAGGGCGAUCAAACUUACUCUUCAGAACGAGGUUCAGACCAAAUUUACAACCGCCCCGGAAGUAGGCGAUCUAGUCUGCUGUAAGACAAUGGUUGGGGGUCAUCGAGAUAUUUACCGCGCCAGAGUUUUACAAGUUUUAACAACCGACGUUGAUAUCAUCAUUAUCAUGUUGGAAUUGUUUGCCGUUGACUAUGGUUUCAAAAAUGUUGCUUCAUUGGACUGCAUUACUCGUAUGACCCAUCUCGGUAGGAAGGAGCCAUUCCAGGCUCGCUUGUGCUGUUUGGAUGGAGUUCAACCCCCGUCAUCUAAUGUCGGUUUGUUGGUAAACGCGACAGCCGCUCUUAAAAACCUUGCGUACGUAAGCAACGCCAGUCGUCUGCAAAUUUUGGCUAAAAAUGGUGUUGAUGUUCUGCUGAAGCUUAUUGCUGUGCCAGAGAAAGCUAUUCGGAGACAAGCGAUUGGAGCUAUACUGAACUUGAGUAUUAGUUUUAAAACACGAGCAAGGAUCGGCUUUCUCGGUGGAAUUAAAAUAUUGUUAGUUUUGAUUGCAAACGACUUCAAGCAAGAUACGGAGUUGUUGGAUCUCGCUGUCGGAGCUCUUCGAAAUCUCGUGCUGGAUUCGCCUAUCAACAGAGGUCGUUGCGCUGAUUCAGACGGAUUGCUUAUUUUAAUAAAAGCUUAUUUUACUUCUACAAAUGACAACUUGAAACAGCAAUGUUUAGGGGCUCUAAAAAACCUCGUUGGAAAUUCAUGGUAUUUGUUUGCGGGAGACGGCACCGAUCUUCGUAGCGUUCUCGAUGAAAAUAGGACGAAUCCUCUGUCUCUUUCAUCUGUUUUGGCUCCGAAAAGACUAGCCUCAGUAAAACGAAGAAAUAAACAACUUCGACCAGGCGAAGUAGAACCACAGCCAAUAGAGAAAGCGCUUCCAUCUCACGUGAUCAAGGCAUCACCCAAUCACGAUGCAGAAAGCAGCCAAAGUCAAGACGAAUGCACCGACGGUGAUACUGAUGGGGAAGAAAGAUUAUUAUGUCCUUCGCCCACAUCGCCCUAUGAAAACCAUAACGAGUCUUGUGAAGAAGUUGAAAGCUUUUAUGUUCGAGGCCAAGCGAUGCCUUUUAUUGAGGAUGAAACGCAUGAAUUCAGGUACUGCAAGCAAGCUGCUGGUCUUUCGUCAGGAUUUAUAGCGAGGGCAGCGUGUGCGUUUUUGAACGCCGGAAGGGGAGGAACGGUUUACCUCGGAGUAAAGAAAACAGGUCUCGUUUAUGGAGUGGAGGUUUCGCGAAAACAAAGAGAUCGCCUGCGUUGUGGUGUUGAUGAAAUAAUGGGUGAAUUUCAACCUGCCGUGAGAUACGAUAAAUAUCAGGUAAACUUUGUUCCCGUUGCUGAGGAGGGAAGUGGCCAUGAAAUAAGGAGAAGCAUCGAGAUCAUUCCUGAUGUUUUUGUUAUUGAAGUCGCAUUCAGCGUGUGUUCAGGAAGAGUUUACACCACAAACAAAAGGAGAUGCUAUUUUCGUUGUGGGAACGUGAACAGCGAGUAUUCCAUCCAAGAUGUCAGGAAAUGGGUGAUACGUGAACAGGAGACAUUUUACAACGAUCAAAUAGAUAUUCUAAGGCGAGAGUUGUCGGCUUUACAACAAAGAUGAGAGGCAGAUGGACUUCUAUAGAGAUACCUGCAUAGAGUGUCAGGGAAUGGUGGAACACCUCACAAAGUUCAUCGAUCAAGGCAGACAAGAGGAUAUAGAAUAGAGACGGUCAUGAGCAUUAACAAGUUUUGCGCUCGCCAUAUUGCCCAGGCGUUGUUGUCUUAGUAACGUAAUUAUUUUCAAAAAACAUCCUUUGUCGCCUAAAGCUUGGCAGUUUAACAAGAUGUAUGUUUUGCAUUCGCAUAGAAAGGAGGUCUGUGUCUUCGGCUAUCUUAUAUUUUGCUGGUUGUUCAGGCACAAUUCAACAACUUUGUAUGCAUUGUGUAUGCUAGCUUCAUCACUUUGUCGUUUGAAAAGCACUUUUAACAUAUCAUUAAGCUACCAAAGAUUCUUAACAACAUCGAUCUUGUACAUAGUCUGUAAUUUAAUUUGUGUUUUAUGAAAUAAUAAAAACCAUUAACCUUCAUACACAUGGAACGCAUAUAUCAAAUUGUACAUGUUUUCCAG